UAAUAAAGCAUAACCGCGCCGGCCGCCAUUGCAGUAGGACGCACAUUCGAAUAUAGAAUUGUAUUUAAUUUUAAUUUUGUGCCAGUGAAUAAAAUGACAAUGAAGCUUUUUGGCAUAGUGUUUGGUUUCCUGUGUGUGAAUUUUGCGAUUGCCAGUGAGAUUUACAAAGCAGGUGUGAUACAUGGACAAAAAGAAAUUCACUCAUUCAAACAUUUAAUAGACGAUGCUUCAAAAAUGGAUGUGGAUAUCCUAGUUCUGCCAGUACAGGAACCAUCAGAAAUGUCAUCCUACGAUGAGGCGAUAAAAACAAUAUCCGAGGCAGCAAAACAGGCAGGAUUGUACGUAGUCCUGAAUGUGUUCGAGAACACUCACUGCCAACAUGGAAAGGAGACCAUCAGGAGUAACCUGGUGUUCGACAGAGAAGGAGCUAUUGUUGCUGUUUACAGGAAACCAGUGAACCCGUUUACUAACUGCACGACAUCGUCCUCUGACCUCGUGACCUUUACGACGGACUUCGGAGUGACCUUCGGACUUCUAAUGGAGGAAGACCUGGUUCUACGCGAACCUCAGCAUUUGAGGGGUUUGAAGAACUUCGUGAUGGCUGGUGUCUGGCAGUCUGAGAUACCUAUGUUGAGUGCUCCGCAGUUUUCACCAGCUUGGUCUUAUGUCAACAACGUCAACUUGCUGACUAACUUUGGUGUUUACCCCGGAAAGACAAGCCAGCUUGAUUCAGAAGAAUUGUCAGUUUUUGAACUACAGAAAAAUGGAGGAGAUGAUAACACUUUAACACCAGCGAUCUUAAAAACCCAUCCCAGUGAAGAUCUGAGCCAGUACGUUAUAAAGCCAUUGGACUUGCAAGCCAGCAACAAAGGCGUGCACGAUACAGUCUGCCACACAGGUUUCUGCUGCAACUUCUAUGUGAAAACUGCAGUUCGAGAUGCGAACCCUGAAAUUACCUACAGUUUGGCAGCGUUUAACGGUGUCCGCCAAUACAGUGCCUCACACAACAUUGGUACACAGAACUGUGGUGUGUUUGCCUGCACUGGGAAUCAGAAGAAUUGUGUGUCUGGAUUACAAAAGAGCACAGUCACAUUCGAAAGAAUCUCCAUCGCUGCCAACUUCACGAAACAAACCUUACAGUACCCAAUCAUACAAACAGCGCUACCAACCGAAGAGAUAACAUUCGAUGUGAAAUUCGAUGGAACCUCAAAUCAGGUAACACUGAACAUUGUCGAUGGUCAAAGCAUAGACAACUUUGGAAUUUUCGGCAGAGAUUUCUCCAAAGAUUUUGAAUCAAAUUAUGUUUUUGGUGUAAACAAUACUACGAAAACCGAAGGCGUCUACGACUUUAUUUUUAACGAAGAAUUUCAAGAAGUAGUAGAUUAUAUUUGGAUACGUUUGAGAGUUUUAAUUGUAGUUGUUUCUAUUUAUAUUUUGGAAAUGAUGUAAGUUUUUAUUGUUUAUUUGUUGGAUAAGGCUGAAUUUUAAUGUUAUUUUGAAGAUUGAAGACUGUAUGAAUGUCGUGAUUAGGAUAAGAGAUAAAUGUGUUAUUAUUUCAUAG